AUGUCCUACAAAUCCGAGAUGUUAAUGUGGUUGGCAGCUCUGUGCCUUGCGGCAGCAGAGCCGGUGACUCCGCAGAGCUUCACGGUGUAUUCGGAGCCAAUCAAGUUGCGGUAUGGUGAAGUAUACAACAAGAAACAGGGCCCGAUGGCUCUACCACAAAAUAUCGUGGAGCGGUAUUUCGACCAGGGAAAGGCAAUGGCAAUUACCGGUUUCGAUGUGGACAUGGUCCGAAAGCACGCAGAAGGUAAGGAGUCUAAGGUCAAGCUGACUGACCACUAUUUGCAUCAUUACAUCCUGGCGAUGGGAGAUAACAGCACGAUGAACAAGAUUGAGCAGCACGCUGCCAAAGACAAGAUGUUUGCCCGGAUGCUACAUGGUUGCCAUGGCAUGACAGGCUCGCAUGUACACUCGUUCCUGACGGGCUUGUCAGAUUCCCCCGAUCUGGUUUACUUCGGCAGUGCAGCUGGCGCUGAGUAUCGACACAACCUACAAAGGUAUCAAGCCCCCUUCCGCAGAUUGAUCCGAAAGCCCCACGUUUGGGCACCAACUUUUCAUGUGAUCAACACUAACAAGCCUAUGCGAAACACAUCUUUGCCAUACUCACCGCUUUUAGAAUGCCCAUGUACUCCACAGCGGAAGAUUGAUGUGAAGCAUGGGAAGAUUGACGGGAAAGAUCCUUACCCACCUAUCCAGUGCAGCCCGGAGUUCCAGAAGACCGGAAACCCUUCUUGCCACCUCGCCACCUACGCUGGCGGAUGGCGCUGCUGCGAGCACGGUGUGUUUCUGAUCGACACAGACAAAGAGUGCAGUGAUCCGCAGUGUUCGGAGGAGCAGCAGGAUGAGAUCUUCAUGAAGUACACCUUCUACUACGAGGAUGCCAUCCCCGAGACACGCAAGAUGGAGAGCGCUGCCUGCUGCGAUGUCACCAGCGAUCAGCAGGGAUUUGAAAACAUAGAGUACGACAUCCCUGCUUGUGCGCCGGGUACCCCUUCGGAGAAAUGCUUGCACGUAGUUGAAUCGGUGCAGCCUGUGGCCUAUUUCCACAGACAUCCGAAGUCUCCCAACGACCGGCACAGAGCAGACGAACUAGUGGACCUCGUCAUUGCAGCACCCCACCUUCAUAUUGCCGGCUUGUCCAUCGAACUCAUCGACGACAUUACGAACAAAACCCUUUGCUCCGUUAAAGCCAGCGCGGACAACCAAGGUGGAGUAAUGUAUGGGAACGGGACUGAAGCUGGAAACGAAGACGGAUACUUAGUUGGACUUCGUCCCUGCAGUUGGGGGAGAGAUGCUCCUCGCUUCCAGAGAAAUCAUCCCCUCAGGGCACGGGCGACCUACAAUGCGUCCCGCGUGCAUACCGGUGUCAUGUCACUCUGGUUGAUGGAUGUUUCAGCCGCUCCAGAUGGAACAUGUGCUGAAAGCAGCGGAAGACCGUUCAAGGGGCUGGACGACCGUGGAUGGCCGAUGUCUGCUUUCUUGAAGGUCGGGCAUCCGCAUCCAUCCGGAAACGUCUACGACCGGAAAGUCAUACUCAUGGAUGAGGUUCAUCACCUGGUGCGCACCGACUCGCAAUACUCGGAGCAGCUGGCAAUCCUUCGAGAUCGGUUAUCAGCCGCUGACGGAUCUGUUUUGGUCGGGUUUACCGGCACUCCUCUUCUCAUUGGUCCAGCUGACGGCCGAAGGCUCCUAGAUAUCAUCAAAGGUCGGCCUUUUCUGCAUGCUUCUGACGAAGGAUUCCUGAGCUCCUUGAGCUGCAAGCCGACGUCACUCUUUCCGCUCUGUGUACCUGAAGGUGUUGACAGAGCCGACCUGAGAAGUGCAAAGAAGCUUUGCUGCAGGAUUAUCCUUCGAGGUGAGGCAUUGCAAUCCUACGUUUUACGCAGCAACAUGGAGCUCAGCCGACGCAGACUGCAGGCAUAUUGCAACUUACAUGUCUUCUCCGGAUCUUAUCACGGCGGACGGCACGGCUGCCAGGAGUUUGUCCUGAAGCAUCCGCAACAUUGUGCCCCCAAAUUCUGGAAGAUAGGGCAAAGCAUUGGCAAAACGCGACAGAAAGCACUCGUCUUGAUCUCCAGAGGCACGGGCUAUCGAGCAGCCAUCGACAUAUUGCGCCAAGAAGCCUCUCGUGCAGAACCACCCUUCCAGGUGGCCUGCAUAGAUAACUUGGCAGAGUUCAACUCUCCGGAAAACCUCAGAGGCGAGCUGUUCCUUUGUAUGGUUGCUGAUUCCAACCAAUGUGGCGAAGGCGUCUCGUUUCGCACAGUCCGACAGCUGUUUUUGCUUGACGUGCCCUCGACACCAACCGCCCUGGUCCAGAUCUGUGGGCGGGCCAGUCGAAUGUUGGGGCACCAAGCGCUGCCCGAUCAAGAGCGGGUUGUCCGAGUGCAGAUCUUCAUCGCCACGGUGCCAGACUGGGCAAGGCAGUCCCUGGGACGUUGGUCUUCGAUCGCUGUGGCUCGAAAGGGGCAGUCAGGGCGCAAGUUCGAAAGGCGGGCCCAAGGGUUGUUCGCAGAACUCCUGGACAAGGUCGGGGACCUCAGAAGGCUGAAAACGAAGCUGAUGGGUAUUUGCAAGAAGAAAGCUUCCAUGCUGCAGAACUCUUCCAAGAACCUCGAGGAGCCACAUCCACGGGUGCUUCUCCACGAGGGCUUGCCACAGCUCCGGCAGAUUGAGAAGGAAGACGUGGAAGAUAUCAUGCGGAAGAUUGGGUGUUCCAAGGAGCAUCGCCUCGGCUCAGGGAGUGAGCUGUGUAAGGCGUUGAAUUGGCUGUACCAGUCAGAGACGCUGCAUGAUGAAUUCCACACAGCUGAUGAGCUGGCUAUGGAAGAGCUACAAGAGGCAGCAACGUCGUAUGCAGGCAAUGGGGUCAAGCGUGUAGAAAUUCGCUCAGCGCCACAGGCCGCAAAAUGGCUUGUCACGUAUGCAGGUGCUGUGGCAGAGUUCCGUGGGAAGGCGAUGGAUCGCGAGGCCGUUGAUACAGUAGGGCAGAGCGCGACAGACCUCCGGCCAUUUCUUGUCCUUUCGGCGAAGUUGUCCAUGCUCCAGUCGGCCUUUAGCCUGAACUUUGUGUGCACAGGUCUUGGCAGGCCACUUCAACAGGCAACAGGCUUCAUUGAUGCAUUGCAUCGGUUGGAAAGCGACGAGCUUCUUUUGCAUCGAAGGAUGCCGGCGACCUCGCAUCCACCUCUCCAAAACGAGGAGCCACAGCAGCGCGUCUCAAGCCUCUGUCUGCAGCUGCGGCUGCUUGAGCUUUUGGUGUUUGACCUGGUCGUUUCUGGAUUGAUCCAAAAGCUGGCCACUUUGGAGGCCCUCGGCCUUCAAGUUGAAACGGGUGACGGUGAGCAAUUCAAGCACGGCCAGGCUUUGGAAGGCAAGGAGCGAGCCCAUCAGCAUGCCGGGGCCGGGGUGCGAGCAGCGGAAGCACGCGUCGCAGCAAAGCAGUGGUGUGCACUUGCACUACGUCACCAGGUCACUUCGGCUUCGCAUGGCCACAGCAAUCGGAAGCUGCAGAGGAUGCACCAGACGAAGAGUUCGCUCCACCAGGUGAGGCAGACCUCUUCUGUGAAGUCCAAGAAGCUUGAAGAGGCGCUGCGCAAGGUGGCUCAGCGCAAACAGCGUGGCUUGAGGCGGCUCCGUCAGGUGCCGAGCUUGCUGCAGCUGUCUGCCCAGAACGGCGAGGACCCGCCAAGGAAUGAAGGCGACUGGAGCCAGGAUCAGGAGAUCGAGCUGAACCCCAGAUCAGGUCAAAACCCGACUAGCCUGAUGCAGCUUGCAGCAACGGCCGCGGCAGAAUCACUGGUCGAUGCCGUUGAGGCACAAGCUCCGGCGCAUUCACCGGCAAGCUUACUGGAACAGGAGAUGUCCAGUUUGGCCGAUCUCUUCUGGAAGCCGCUGACAGGGGGCAAGCCUACCUUGCAAACCAUCGUUGGAGUUGGCUUCACAAAGGAUGAUGUUGAGGCCAGUGCAGCUGUGAACGGCGACGGAUUGAAACAGAGCCACAUUGAAGAGAAAGUACAGUAG